CACGCAUGAUUUAUUUUGCAUAGUACAAAAACGUGGCGAUAUGCUGCCAGUUGGCCAUGGUGAUGUUCAUUUUUACAAUUGUACGCAAAUGCAGCAUUUGGGUAGUACUUUCAAUCAGUCCCCAAUUUCAAACGACUUUCCAUGAUAGUGUUUGAUAGGAGAUAUCGAUUAAAAAAUCAACAUGUUUUUCUAUAUGUGUGGCGUCUAACCAACAAUUUUGUUUUGCCUACAACAUCGGAAAAUGUUUUGUGGGGUAUUUAAAUGAACAAUUCUAGCACUUUCACAACUUUUUCUCGCUUUCAGUAUUCCUAGUAGCACCAAGCAUCUGAGAUAGAAACAGAUUUUAAAGCCAAAUUUGACGUGAUAUUAGAACGACACUGUUUGAAACAACAUCAGAUAAUAGGCCUAAUAGCUAAUAAAGAUAAGCACCAGCGUUAGUGGUUUCCAUUGGCAACCGAACCCGUGCUCACGAGGACAACUGCUCGCGCACCGGGACCGUCCCGUACAGACAACAGAGGAGACUGAGCCGGGAAGGGGUUUACCGAUAUGUGACGCUUGUUACGACUGACUGGAUGAUGUUGCGAUCAGGGCUGUUGGUUCCAGACCAUCUGUUGCAAGACUCCCUGUUCUUCUUGUCUUUGAAGAUAGUUCUGUAUGACUGGCUGUGAAGAGAGAAAAACAGACGCUAGAGCCAGCUGCCUGAUCAUGAGUGCCCUGGUUCAACCUGGAGUCAAAGUUUCAGAGCUGUGUGAGGAUGGAGACAAGCUUCUUGAGGCCGGAGAGCUGGGGAGGGCUACCUCCCUCUACAUGUCUGCCUUCAGGACUCACGCCACCUCCACCGUGUCCCACAUGCGGAAAUUGGAAAAGUCCAGCCUGAUUGGGGUGAUCUCUACCCUAGAAAGUUGGCUUGACAGUUAUGGGGAGAACAAGCCUGCUGAAAGUUUUAAUAAAGGUCUGGCCGCUGUGUUUCUGUCCACACUCUGCCCCAACAAUCUGACAGCAACCGUUUUCAAAAUGGAGUCUCUUCUUCAGAGUGGCGGGCAUGGCUGCGAGGAGAUUUUUGCUCGCUGCACUGCUCUGCUUGAAGGGAAGAGAAACCCGCCUCCAGAAGGUUUCUCUCGCAUGGUGUUGGAGAUAACUCGUGCUCUGUCCUGCUUGUUCGCAGAGCCCCACACUAUUAAAGGCCUGAAGCUUUACCUUAAAGCUUACCAGAAAAACAAAUCUGAAAUUGUCACGCUGGUGAAGACCAGACAGGCUCAGCACCUAUCAAAAAUAGUGAAGGCCUUAACUGUCCAAAUGAUGCACAUGCAUCCUUCUCUGAUGUUUGACAGUGAGUGGGCAGUGACAACAAAGGAGAAUGAUAAGCUUAGUGUAGAGGCUACUGCUUUAAUGAUGGAGUUUUUGUUGGCUAUCUCACCCGGUAAUAGAAAAGUACAGGAACUUCAAGCAGUGCAUAUGUUUUUGACAGGCAGGUUUGGGGACAGUGCAGAAGUGUACUCUGCUCUCUUACAUCAUGGUCAUUGUCAGAAAAUGUCAGAGAGCAGUACUGACAAGUCAUUCCAAGACAGUCCUGAGAGGAGAGCUUGGCUCUUAACCGGUCGAGCAGCUGCCUGCUUCUCAGCAGGUGGACGGACUGCAGAGGCAUGUGGGGAUCUGGGAGAGGCAUUUGAGAUCCACCCUGCCACUGCCAGAAUUUAUUUCCAAAAGCUCUUCACAGAUCAUGGUGCAGGGGUGGCUGCUCGCAACCAUCUCCGUCAGCAGGCAGAGAGGGGCCUGCAUGGUUACAGAGAGAGGGUUCUCCUCCGUCCAGACCUGCGUUCCACAGAAGGAGUUGAACUGUUGGACCCUGUGAUCACUCAGUUACGGACUCUGUGCCUUUUAGAGCCUGACGGGGGAGGCAGAGAGCUGCGGGUACGACUGGCUGACUGUCUUCUCCUUAGAGGGGAACACAAAGAGGCCCUCUCUAUCUGUAGCCAGCUAGCUGCCACCCAAAGUCAGCAGAGCUAUCAAAACACAGUGCAGGUUCUUUGUGGAUAUGCAAGACUUCUCUCUGACGACCACAAGGGGGCGUUAGAAGACUUCCAGGCUGUGAUUGAACACAAUGCCCCUCAUCCCUCCAGCUGUGUGCGGGCGCUGUGUGGCAGGGGGCUCCUGCGCAUGAUGGGUGGCUUAAACUACCUCACAGCUCUAGACUAUGUGACAGCCAGCAGGCUGCAUCCUCAGGAAGCAGCACUGACUGUUCGCUGCUUGGUGCCAUGGAACUGCCGGGGGCUGCUCUUUACUGUUUUAUUGGAGCAGGGACGAGUCAUGCUGGAGGGGACUGGAGAGCACAAAUCCAAGUCCAGAUCCACUGAAGACUCCCAGCAUCUCCAGCAGGAGGAUCAGCUGAAUGUCAUGUCAAAGAGAGACAACCACAGAUCAGGGACUCCUGCUGGUGUCCACUCCCUGGCUCUGCUGCUGAUGGAGCUCCAGCCAGGUGCUGAUGGGCCUCAGAUCCUGGCAGCUGAUGCUUUGUACCAGCUUGGCCGAGUCGAGGAGGCCUACCGGCUGCUGCUCUCUGUCGGGCCCACCGGUCCUCGGGCCCCCGUUCUGGCUCGCCUUGCCCUGCUGCAGCUGCACAGAGGCUUUCUUUAUGAUACCAAUCAGCUUCUGAAAAAGCUCAUUCAGCGUGGGGAUACCAGCUGCUUGCGUCCUCUGUUAGCGGUGGCACAACAGAAGGAUCGUGCACUUUUGCAGGGACACUGCCACUCUGCUGCAAAAUGCAUCCUGGAAGGCACGAGAGUGGAGAGUGCUGUCAGGGAGGCUGUGGCUUAUCUUUCCAUCGCUAUCAUGGCAUCUGGUGGUGAGGCAGCAGACUCCUUGUUGGAAAGAGCGAGGUGUUAUGCCCUGCUAAACCAACGAAAGACUGCCAUCUUUGAUUUCAGUGCCAUUCUGAAGGAGCACCCAAAACAUGUUCAGGCCCUCUGUGGACGAGGCUUCACCUAUCUCCUGCUGAAUCAACAACAGGAAUGCACUCAUGAUAUCUUGGCAGCACUUCAGAUAAACACUGACAUGGUCACCAAAGACAUCCUAUCACUCAAAGACAAGGCACGGAAGCUGGUCGGUGAUUGGCUGCAUCAGUUCUGUCGAACCAAUCUGUCAGACAUCCUGGUCACUAAUGCUGUGCCCUGCCACGAAGAACAGCUCAGAGAGGCUUUUAUAAUCGGUGGAGCUCUGAUGAGGACUGACUGCAGAGACCCCCGAUGGCAUCUGCUCUAUGUGGACAUACUGUUAGCCAAAGGUGAAGUUGAGGCUGCAAGCGUUCAUCUCUGCCAGGUGUUUGGUCAGGAUCCAAGAGAUGCAGUGGCCCAGGCCAGGGUGGGUGUGGUGGAGGCUUGGCAACAGAAUUACCGCAGCGCAGCUCGCAGGCUCAGCAAACUGACUGAGAAAGAUCCGUUAAGUCUGGACUUCUUGCUGGCCCUGAUCCCAUUCAGUCAGCGAAAACGCAUGGCACAGGCAGCAGCACAGGAGGCCAGCAGUGUGUCAUCAGCUGGCCAGUGGGAUCAGGCUCUCACACUCCUGACUGUAGCAGUACAAGCAGUGGGCAGUCACAGACUCCAGUAUCUUCGCCAGCGCGCUGCCUGCCUCGCUCAGCUGGGUUUACACAAGCAGGCUGUAGCUGACCUAGACCGAGUUAUUCAGAAACACGGUGGAUCCGACUCCAGCUGCUCAGAUGACCCCCAAGUCUGGGCGGAGGACCUGUGUCGGCGAGGUCGCAGCCUGGUGCUCUGUUCCAGAGAAGGAGCAGCUCUGGAGGACUUCACUCAGGCCCUGGAGCUCCACAAGGACCAGGCAAUCCUGUGCGUGGAGGCUGGCCUGGGGAGGCUGCAUCUGGCUGAGUGCUUCCUGCGGGGGGCGCUGCAGCACUAUGGGGAGCAGCAGCUGAGUAAAGCUUGGACAUUAAUUGAAUGUGGUCUCACUGUGGACAGUGAGAACGCAGAGCUCCGCAGACUGAGGGCAAGAGUGAAACGGGAAGUGGCCAGCCCCUGCAAUGUCAACUAGUGUUGAUAGUCAGAGUGAAACAGAACACAGGAUGUAGCCAUGUCAGUGCCUGUACCUUAAAUUGUCUUAUGGUGGAGACACUGAUGAAAACUGUUGAGAAUUCUCCCACACUUUUAUUAGACAUGUUUGUGGUUCUUUGAGAACACGGUGCUUUUAUUUGUAUUAUGUCUUCCAAGUUCUAAUUAAGGAUUAACAACAGUGUUUGUUGUUGUAGUCAAUAUCUUUAAAAUCACAGCACAGCAUAUAUUAUAUAUAUUGAUUAUAAGAGGGGUAAGUGAAUUGUAGAGUUUCUCAACACCACAAUUUUAUUGAAUGUU